AUGAUCAAAGCUUUACUUGUAUUUAAUACUCGGGGUCAAGCUCGUAUAUUAAGAUUUUUUGAUUCAUGUACAACUGAAUUACAACAAAAAUUACUUCGAGAAACUUAUCAAAUAAUAUCAAAACGUGAUGUUGGUGCAUGUAAUUUUAUUGAAUAUAAUGAUUAUAAAUUAAUUUAUCGUCAUUAUGCAACACUUUAUUUUGUAUUUGCUAUUGAUUCAAGUGAAUCAGAAUAUGAUAUGUAUGAAGUUAUUCAUAUGUUUGUUCAAUGUUUAGAUCAAAGUUUUGAAAAUGUUUGUGAACUUGAUUUAAUAUUUCAUUCAGAUAAAGUUAAUCAAAUCGUAAAUGAAUUUUUUAUGGGUGGUUUUAUUGUUGAACGUACUCCUGAUAUAGUUUUAAAUGAUAUACGUACUCAAGUACGUUUAGAACGUCAAGAUUCUGGUGUUUUAACACAUGUGGGUUCGAAAAUAAAAUCGGCUGUUGAUACGAAAACAGAAAAAUUUAAAAUGGAUGUAGAAAAAAAAUAUGAUAUUAAACUGUGA